AAGCAGAGAGGAGACGAGAGAAGGCAGUGAUGGUGGUUGUCGCUCAGCUGAUUAGUGUUGUGGCGAUCAGCUGACAUGCGACUCGCUGUUUAUUUUACACUUUCUCCUCAAUUUCUCCUCUCUGCUGGUGUACACGGGUGUUUUCAAGUUCCAGAGGCAGAGUGACAAGAUUUCUACAUUACUAAUUGGAGAAACACUCUUGAAAACCUCGCUAAUCAUUCCUGUGGCCUUGGAAAAUAGUUGUGGUGAGAAAACAAAGCAUUUCUGAACAAGGACCAUUAAGAGGUACACCACCAUCAUCACCACCACCACUAUGACCCUUCACGACACAUCCACACCAAUCUGCCAUGGCCAACACCUUGUUCUGGGUCAGGCGUGUCUUGAGGUAGCCAGCAGUGACCCAUACAACACUCUCCAGCUCUGGGCACAGGCUGAUGAAUGUUACAAGUGUCCGCCCUGGUACUACCUCACUCUAGCACCCAACACCACCCACACCCUGCCCGUCAACACCACCUACCCCACCACCAUCACCAUCACCAAUGAGGAGGGCCGGGACCUUUACAAACUGGGCUACCACUUUGACCUCUAUGGGAACUACCACUUGCUUCUGGACACACAUGGAGCGCAGGGAGUGGAGGUGACGAGGCAGCCAGAGAGUGAAGUGCUGCCACUUGUCACAGCCAUCCUCUUCUUCCUGCUGUUAAUGUUUAUGUGGCUGUGUAGCAAGUUUCUGGUGCGGCGAAUGGACUCACCGGUCACAGCAAGGCAACCAGAGGACAAUGAGAGAAGUCCUUUGCUCUCCAGACGCCCUCAAGACCAUUCAUCCGUGUUAUCCGACCAACUAUCCGACCCACAGCCAUCCACAUCACAGUCUUCCACCUCCCAGCCAUCCACCUCUCAACCAUCCACCUCCCAGUCCACUUCUGCUUCCAUACGCCAUCCAGAUCCUGUGCCGCUGGAUGGACGGAGGGAGUCUGGAAGGUUGCGGUCCCUUGAUGCCUUUCGUGGAUUGGCAAUAGUGCUGAUGAUCUUCGUGAACUACGGGGGGGGCGGCUACUGGUUCUUCAAGCAUGCAAGGUGGAAUGGUCUCACUGUGGCCGACCUGGUGUUUCCUUGGUUUCUGUGGAUCAUGGGAGUGAGUUUGGUGUUCUCAAUCCGCUCACAGCUUCGCCGAGCCACAAAAAGGAUCAUUAUUGUGGCGCGAAUUCUCAAACGAUGCCUCAUUCUCUUUGCUCUCGGCCUCAUUGUCAACAGUGUUGGCGGUCACAACUACAUGCCAACUUUCCGAAUCUUUGGCGUGCUUCAGCGGUUUGCCAUUUGCUACUUCCUGACGGCAGUGAUUGAAGUGUACAGCAUGAACCCUCAGGAGUCCCCAGAGUAUGUCUGGUACUGGAAGAUCCGCGACAUAGUGCGUUCCAGCCCACAGUGGGUGUUUACUCUGGUGCUGCUUAUCAUACAUGCCACACUCACCUUUGGCCUCCCUGUCCCCGGCUGCCCCAUGGGCUAUCUUGGACCAGGGGGGCUGCAUGAGUGGGGGAUGAACCGAGGCUGCACAGGGGGAGCGGCUGGAUACAUAGAUCGGGUGGUGGUGGGUCGGUCUCAUGUGUACAGCCACCCUACUUGUGUCACUAUAUAUGCCAGCAACACUCCAUACGACCCUGAAGGACUACUGGGCGCUCUUACUUCUGUCCUCAUGGUUCAGUUUGGUGCAGCUUGUGGCCGCAUCAUCACCACAUAUCAGACACACCGCGGCCGCUGGAGUCGCUGGCUUGUGUGGGCGCUGGUGACUGGUCUUCUGGCUGGCUUUCUCUGUAGUUGGAGGAAAGAAGGUGGCUUAAUCCCAGUGAACAAGAAUCUGUGGUCGUUAUCUUAUGUUCUAUGCACUACUUGCUUUGCCUUCAUCCUCUUCACUGUAUUCUAUGUUAUGAUUGACGAGAGAGGCUGGUGGGGCGGAAAUCCAUUACGUUAUGCAGGCAUGAACUCAAUCCUUCUAUACGUUGGGCAUGAGAUUUGUGGCGGGCUGUUUCCUUGGUCCUGGAAGCCAGUUGGACAGCACCAUUCCAAUCACCUCAUUAUGAACCUUUGGGCGACAAGUAUCUGGAUUGCCAUUGCUUACUUGUGCCACAGAAGGAAGUUGUAUUUGUCUGUGUAAGGGUAAGGAUUCUAAUCAUAGGUGUCAAUGUGUUUAGCUUGUGAUUUCCUGUGUGAGGCUGAGGUAGGAUGAGAAAUGAAGGUUCUAUGCAGUAUUUGGUUUGGUUUUCCUGUGUUUGAGGCUGAGAAAUCUGUGCUAGGUGAGCAUUUUAGUCCCCUGGUCUGUUGUUUGUGUUUUGUGAGUGUUUUGAUGACCUGGUGUGUUGUCCGUGUUUGAGGUUGUGUCAGGGAGAGAGACCAAAGUUUUUUUUAGUGCUGUUCAGUUGUAGCCAGAUUAAUUUUUAUUUGUGCCAUAGAAGAAAGCUGUAUUUGUCUGUGUAAGGGUAAAGGUGCCAAUCAGAGUUUUAGAUGUUUUUAGCUUGUUUUCUCCCACGUGAGACUGUGGCAGGAAGAGAGAUGAAGGUUCUAUGGAGCAUGUAUUUGGCUUUUCCUGCAUUUGAGGUUGAUAAAUCUGUGUUUUGUGAAUGCUGAGAGACAGACACCAAGGUUUUCAAUGCUGUUCAGUUGUAGCCAGAUUAAUUUUUACUUGUGCCAUAGAAGGAAGUUGUAUUUGUCUGUGUGAGGGCCAGGUAAAGGUGCCAGUCAGGGGCCAGGUAAAGGUGCCAGUCAGGGGCCAGGUAAAGGUGCCAAUCGAGGGCCAAGUAAAGGUGCCAGUCAGGGGCCAGGUAAAGAUGCCAGUCAGGGGCCAGGUAAACUUUUUUUUGAGGGUGAGGCAAGAAGAGAAAAGAAGAUUGUUUGCAGUGUUUUGUUAGUUUUUUUUGUGUUUGAGGUUGGAAGAUCUGCAUUUUGUAAAUGUUUUGAAGUUGUGUCAGGGAUAAAGACCAUGGCAGGAAGGGAAAAGGUAUGUAGCUGAUAAUUGACUUAGUUUUUCCUGUAUUUGAGGUUGGAAGAUCUGCAUUUUGUGAAUGUUAUGAUGUCCUGGUGUGUUUUUCUUAUUUGAGAUUGUGUCAAGGGUAGAGAAUAAGGCAGGAAUGAAAAUGAAGGUAUGUAGCUGGUGAUUGAUUUAUCUUUCCUGUAUUUGAGAUUGAAAGAUCUGCGUUUUGUGAAUGUUUUGAUGUUCCGACUUGUUUUUCUUAGUUGAGGUUGUGUCGGGUAAAGAUAUCAAGGCAGGAAGAGAGGUGAAGAUUGUAUGCAGUGUUUAGUUUGUUUUUCUUGUGUUUGAAGUUGAAAGAUCUACAUUUUGCAAAUGUUUUGAUGUUCUGACUUGUUUUUCUUACUUAAGGUUGUGUCAGGUAAAGAUACCAAGGUUUAUUUUAGUGAUGUUCAAUUCUAGCCAGAUUAAUUUUUAGCUAUAUUAUUUUCCUAUUGUCUCAGUGUUUGUUUUGAUUCUUUCCUAUUUUUCAAUCAUUUUUUCUGUCUCAGUCUGUGUUUUAUCUUUUUUUAUUCAUUUUCUACAAGGUUUACUUCAAUGUGCAGCCAAACUGAUUUUAAACUAGUCUUUCUGGCUUUCUUUAAUGUCCAAAUGUGGAAAAUAUUCUAGUUAUAAAGUCUUCAGCUCAAAGUGAGAGAGAGAGAGAGAGAGAGAGAGAGAGAGAGAGAGGUUAUGUGUACAUGUGUAUUAGUCUAGCACAAAUAAUAUUACAAAUGACGAAAUGCUCCAGAAUUAUUACCAUAUUAUAUUUCUGCCAUAUCUUAGCAUGGGCAUUUCUAUAAGUAUUUUGUCUUGCCUAACCUCCUGUGCUGUAGUAAGGUGCUUCAUGAGGGCUGACAGAGCUAAGUGUGUGUGUGUGUGUGUGUGUGUGUGUGUGUGUGUGUGUGUGUGUGUCUUUACCUAGUUGUAGUUUUACCGGGCCUGGGCUUUACGCUCAUGUGGCCCCGUCUCCAUAUCUACACUUACCCAGUUUUUCUUUAAAGCUAUGCACACUCUUUGCUGACACCACUUCCUCACUCAAAAUGUUCCAAUUGUGUGUGUGUGUGUGUGUGGUAUUGCCAGCCUGGUAAAGAGACAGGGUUUUGCCAUAUCACAAAGAAACUGUUGCCAUAUAUUAAGAGUAUUAUUGCUAAAGAUAGUAAUUUGUUUUGUUUUAGCUUCUUGUGUCUGCUGGUGGUACACAUUACUCAUUACAUUACCACUACCUAUAGAAAUACUCUAAAACUUCAAUAACUUCCACUGCAUCCUGUUAAACUUGCACUAAAACUAUAAAAGCUCUCUUGAAAAUCACAGUAACUUCCACUACACCCUAUUAAACUAUUAGAACCAUGAAAGCUCCCUUGAAAACCCAAAUAACUUUUACUACACCUUUUUUAAGCUUGAAGAUACUGUAACAUUUAGGAAGCAGUAAUUGUAUUUACCUAGUUCUUUCAGUAACAAGUUUUUUUUUAAGGUAGUUUCAUGUUUUCAUUUACAGAUUAACAUGAUUUCUACCUUAUGAGUCCUUGUUAUAUGGUACAUUUGUGUUCCUGAAAAUAUGUAAUGCAGUUAAAAAAAAAUGGAUGGGAAGGGAAGAGAUAACAGGCUCCAAGAGUGGUCAAGUUAAAGUCAGUGUGGAUGACGUCAUCACCCCUGCUUCCCCACGCUGACAUGAGCGGAUGCCGUAUCUGUGAAUGUUUCUUACCGUAUAUCGAAUCAAGGGUAGUAAUUUCCAAAUACCGUAACUGUGAAUUUACCGGAUAAAGAACUACUGUAUAACAAGGACUUACUGUAUAUUGUUUUGAGAGAAAGUUUGUAUAUUCUGUAGAUGCACACUUAAUUUACAACUCAAUUAAUGCCAUUUAUAUAUAGAAUUAGAAACAUUCCUCCAUUACUUCAAGAUUCUAUUAUUGUUAUUUCUAUGUAUAAGUAGGAGGUAAAAUUACUUAAUAGUAUAGAAAGCAUGUGCUAUUAUUAUUAUUAUUAUUAUUAUUAUUAUUGAGGCAUAUGUUGUGAUAGACUUUAUUAUUAUUCCUUGUAUAUUGAUAGAGUAAAAUUGAUAUAUAAAGGUA